CUUCUUCCUCUUGAUCUGUCCGCCUCAGCUACCCGUUACCAGCCCUAGUCCAAGUCCAAGAGCUGAACCUCACCUUUUUCUAUUCUCCGGACCUUUAUAAUUCUAAACCAAGUCCUGGUUUCCGGUUCAUUGCUUAAAUCCUCGCAAUGCUGAUCACUUGAAAUCCGUUUUCGUUUUCUACUCUUCCGCUUAAUUCAGAGUCCGAAAACCGAAGAAUUUAAAUUGAUAGUCUGUUGGGGGCGUAUAGUGGUUGAAGAUGAGUGCCUAUAUUGUUGGUGUACUUGUUCCUAUUGUUGUUACUCUUUUACUUCGGAAUUCCAAGAAUUCAAAGAAACGGGGGUUGCUUGUUGAUGUUGGUGGGGAACCAGGGUAUGCUAUUCGGAAUCGUCGGUUCACUUCGCCAGUGCAAACAGCAUGGGAUGGCAUCUCAACUAUUGCAGAACUUUUUGAGCAUUCAUGCAAGCAGCACCAAGAUAGAAACUUCCUUGGAACUAGGAAGUUGAUUUCAAGGGAGAUUGAAGUGACUGAAGAUGGAAGGUCUUUCGAGAAGCUUCAUUUGGGAGACUAUGAGUGGCUAACCUAUGGGAGAGCAUUUGAAGCUGUGUGCAACUUUGCUUCUGGAUUGGCUCAACUUGGGCACAAAAAGGAAGAACGUGCUGCAAUCUUUGCAGACACAAGAGAAGAAUGGUUCAUUGCAUUACAGGGCUGCUUUAGGCGUAAUGUCACUGUUGUGACUAUAUAUGCAUCUUUGGGGGAGGAGGCUUUAUGUCACUCAUUAAACGAGACAGAGGUUACUACCGUGAUAUGUGGGCACAAAGAACUCAAGAAAAUCAUAGAGAUAAGUGGACAACUUGACACGGUGCGACGUGUAAUAUGUAUGGAUGAUGAGAUCCCUUCUAAUGCCUCAUAUGUUGAGAAUAGCAAAAGCUGGACAAUUACCUCAUUUGCGGAUGUGGAGAGACUUGGCAGUGAAAAACCCGUUGAUGCCGACUUACCUCUUUCAGCUGAUAUUGCAGUUAUCAUGUACACAAGUGGGAGUACUGGAUUGCCUAAGGGUGUAAUGAUGACACAUGCCAAUGUACUUGCUACAGUUUCCGCUGUCAUGACAAUUGUUCCUGACCUGGGAAGCAAGGAUGUUUACAUGGCAUUCCUACCCAUGGCCCAUAUCCUUGAAUUAGCAGCUGAGAAUGUGAUCGCUGCUGUUGGAAGUGCUAUAGGAUAUGGGUCACCUUUGACGCUUACUGAUACAUCAAGCAAGAUAAAAAAGGGAACAAAGGGGGAUGCCACGGUGCUGUUGCCAACUUUAAUGACAGCUGUCCCAGCAAUUUUAGAUCGUGUUCGUGAUGGGGUGCUCAAGAAGGUGAAUACAAAAGGCGGGUUAUCAAAGAAAUUGUUUGACUUGGCAUAUGCUCGUAGGUUGUCUGCGGUUAAUGGCAGUUGGUUUGGGGCUUGGGGCCUGGAAAAGGCUCUUUGGAAUUUUCUUGUGUUCAGAAAGGUCCGAGCAAUUCUGGGAGGUCGUAUCCGCUUUGUGCUGUCUGGAGGUGCUCCUCUCUCUGGUGAUACUCAGAGAUUCAUCAACAUUUGUCUUGGUGCUCCAAUAGGUCAAGGUUAUGGUCUUACUGAGACUUCUGCUGGUUCAACAUUCUCCGAGGUUGAUGAUACAUCUGUCGGUCGUGUUGGAGCUCCACUGCCUUGCUCAUUCAUUAAGUUAAUUGAUUGGCCUGAAGGUGGAUAUCUAACCAGUGAUUCACCAAAGCCACGCGGGGAAAUAGUAGUUGGUGGUCCGAAUGUUACAGUCGGAUAUUUUAAAAAUGAAGAAAAAACAAAAGAAUUAUACAAGGUUGACGAGAGAGGAAUGAGGUGGUUCUAUACAGGUGACAUAGGGCAGUUUCAUGCUGAUGGUUGCCUUGAGAUAAUUGACCGCAAAAAAGACAUAGUCAAACUUCAGCAUGGAGAGUAUGUCUCCCUGGGAAAGGUUGAAGCCACUCUCCUUGUUAGCCCUUACAUCGACAAUAUCAUGUUGCAUGCUAAUCCCUUUCAUAGUUACUGUGUGGCUCUUGUGGUGGCUUCUCAGCAUACGGUGGAAGAUUGGGCUGAAAAGCAAGGAAUUCCUUUUACUGACUUUGCAGACUUGUGUGAGAAAGCAGAAACAAAGAAAGAAGUUCUUGCAUCAAUCCAAAAGGAAGCAAAGAGGGCACGAUUGGAGAAGUUUGAGAUUCCAGUGAAAAUCAAAUUGCUUUCUGAACCAUGGACUCCUGAAUCUGGCCUAGUCACGGCAGCUUUCAAGAUCAAAAGAGAUAUCAUCAGAAAGGCUUUCUCUGAAGAACUCUCUAAUUUAUACUCUUCCUGAUACUUGGCAAAACUUGGGCGGGUUUGGUUGUAGCUCUUUUUUUUCCUACUCUAUUUUCGUUUUAUGUCUUGCAUUAAUACUUUUGCUGGGAAUUAUUGCUAGGAAAAGUCGAGAUGUGUAGAUCUUGCAUGCUUAGAAAUAAAAAACAUUUUUGUC